AUGCCUCAAGAGGGUCAUGGUGGAGCCAGGACGGCUUUAUCAUCAGCGAAGUCCCCAGUGAUGGUAGAGUUGGAUGUGGGUGGGUCUGAAGUAUACAGAUUAAAUAAGAGAGGUGCUGCUAUAGCUCCUUAUGGGACUCCAGUUCUUAUUAAAGAUAUGUCAGAUAAGGUUGAGCCUAUCGGGCUUUCCUUUUGUCCGAGAUUAGGGUUCUGA